CACAAUACUCGCACUCACUCUACCCUGCACUUCCAUACUUGCCAUCACUGACUUGUUCCUUUAUUCGCCAUGCUUUGUUAUAUUUUCCUCGCCCUCCUUCUGCAUCACAUUCAUGCUGAAGAGUCAGUGCAGGAGUCUUGUGCCUCAGAGGAAGGUGGUGAGUUCUGCACUCAGAACAGCAAGGUGCGACAUGAGGUGCGAUAUCGCGGCAUCUCUCCUUCCUACUGCUUCUUGGGAAACAAAGACGAAUUUGUGCCUAAGAAGAUAAACGUAAAGAAGUGUGGUUGGCCAGGUAUGAGCGAGAGUGUAUGCGAGAAAUCAGGAUGCUGCUUCAAGGACGAUGUGUGCUACCGACCGAUCCGACCAGCUGAAGUCAUGACGUACUACCGGAAAAAAUGGAUGACUUUAGAGGUUGCAAAUGAAACAUGUGCAAGAAACUUCAUGUCUUUGUAUUGCGUGCAACACGACGAAGACAUUGAGUUUGUCUCCAGAGCUACCUGUGGGAUCAGCUGGUUGGCCGGACAUAUCGCUCAAUUCAACAGCUCUGAUAAGAUAACACUUCCCUACAAAAAACCUGAACAAUGUUCUCAGGGGGGACCAAUCAAAGUGAAGUGCGAGAGAGAUGUUAAUGCUAACUAUGGUCUUUCCUUGUCUCGCCUGGAAGAGAAGUUCAGCAUUACCAACGUUCCAAUGCAAGACGAGCGAAACUCCCCCUCCAAACGAAACUUGUUCUGUAGUUACCAAAUUUGGACUCCAACAUUUGAGAAGUUUCCUCGGCACAUUAGGAACGGUACCUUUACCAAGAAAGGUUCUCCCAGAGAGUUUAAGUGCAGGGCAAGCAAAAUAACUGUGGAUAACCGGGCAAUUGUUGAGUCAAAUCUUACUUGGACCGUUAGAGACGAAGGCGGAGAAAUUAUUGAAAAUAGAACUUUGCAGAAUACAGAAAAAAUUAAGGCAAUGGAAGUAGGAAAAUACACAUGUAAAGUGAAACUUCUCCUAAAGCCAGGUCUCUUGCCCGACUCCGGUCUAACCAAUGAACGUGUAAUCGAGGCGUACGCUUAUCACUACGUGCCAGUAACGUACGAAAUACGAAUAACGAUAACAUCGCACACGGAGAGCAAAGCCCGAGUUGAAAACGAGUUACUAACCAAUUGUAGCACUUAUCUUCUUUUACUGAGUGACAAGGUUGAGCUGAAUAUUUCCUAUCAGGGUUACCCCUAUCCGGGGAUAAAGAUAUUCUCGUCCUCACACGACCCACAGUACAGCCAAAAAGAACAUUUUAGACUACAAACUGCGGGGUCAUGGGUGAUGGAAAGUUUUGGUGAGAUGGAUCAGGAUCAUGUUGUUUGGUUGUAUCAUGAUGAUCAUGUCGAAGAGGUCCUCGUUAAAUUCAUUUCUGAGACUCCUGAUGAACUGAUUCCAAUUCAGUUCUUCUUAAAGAAAGUCUUCAUUGUUUCACAGAUUAAAUCACAAGAGCGGGAGUUGGAUAUUACAGGAAAUGAGCCGCACCAGCUGCAAUGCUACGGAUACGGGUCCCCUCCAGAGGCAGAGCCAACCUGGAGUAUAGAUGGACAGUCAUUGUCAGAACGUGGAGUCAAGUACCAAGUUAUAGAUGAUUUACAAGGCUUUAUACAAAUAGUCCCCGACUCCCCGCUCUACUCAGGAAGAUAUCUGUGUGAGCUGGACAAUGGGGCAGGAUCAGUCAAUGUGAGUUACGAUGUCAGAGUUAAAGUGGCUCCUUUCAAACCUGACAUUCCUAAGCUGCAACAAGGUAAAGAAGGGGGGCAGGUGUACAGGUUACCUAUUGCACAGGACGUUACAUGGGGAAUUACUGGUUAUCACAUUACUGUGAGUUCUGGUAGUGACGAGAGCGAAGUUCUAAAAGUGACAUUGAGUGUGGUAAACGAGACGAUUCUUAUUCCAGAGGAUCUAGGAAACUUAAAUGUGAAAGUGAAACGGAACAUAGAAAUAACGCACACUGCAAUAGGUACAGAUGACUCAAAAUAUAGAAUGCGGUACUCAGUGUCAAACGAGUAUGGAAUGUCGGCUCUUUCAUUGCCCACUCCUUGGACUGUUCCACAAUCCGAAUUUAACACCAAUCUUAUCGUGUUCACUAAACCUGCUAAAUUUGAAGUGACGAAUGAUACAGUUAUUCUAGAAUUGAGGGAUAGAAAUACUUCUGUUAAGUACGAUGUAACGUAUCACCCAGCGGAUGAAGUGAUUUCUGAUAUAACAUUAACAACGAUUACUUUUGAUGGAAAUGAAACUCUCGAAAUCAGUUCUUUAGAGAAAGAUACCAGGUACGUUCUCUACGUGCAAGCGUUCUUAACAAAAAGGAAUGUGACUAAGAGAGGACCAUCAACUGACCCAAUAAUACUACGAACAGCUAAAGAAAUGUUUGACGUUGAGGCUCACAAGCCCAAAAAGUUGAACGUUCAACAGAUUGCGUUUGAGGAUGGAAAAACCGAGAUGUUUGUAGUGGCACUGGUCAGAUGGAAAUUUACUGGGCCCCUCAGUUUGGUAAGGAAUUUCAAACUCAAGGUUAGAAAAGGAUCUAUCGUUGACAUGAACAAAAAUGACAAUGAGUACGAGGAAACAUGGAAAGUGGUGGUUAAUCGGGACGAUAUAGCACGAACUGCAACAUCCAAAAUGUUGACAAUUAAGAAAUUUCAGCAAAAUAAAGUUUACAAUUUCUUUCUGUGGACCAUCAGCGAAUCCACUGGUGAAAAAAGCGAGCCCGCCACAUUUCAAAUGAAAUUCUCGGAAGAACGAUGUCCAGUGCCUCCCCCAAAUCCUGUUAUAUGUGGAGUUCUAGUCCGCAACGAUCACCAACUUGUUGUUCUGGUUAAUGAUGAGACUCCCAACCGAGAAUAUGGAAUGUCAUGUUACACUGAUAAUGGUACUACGUAUGAAGGUAAAGUACACCGGACCAUUGACGGGGAGCUUUGUAAAAACUGGAACCUCGCUCCGGAGUAUACAAACCUAACAAGGAACCUAACAAAGAACUACUGUCGUAACCCAGGCAACCCUCCUAACAAGCAAUUUCAUGGACCGUGGUGUUUUACGGCAGACAACGUGUCACACACAUGUAAUGUGGCACCUUGCGGUCAGUACCUCACUAAUGUCUCCUUCCCCUCUGGAAACACCAUAGUAACUGGCACUGAGAUAUGUAUCGAUAAGAAAACAUCAGACAGAACCGUUAACCUAACCACUUGGUAUGAUUACGGUCCUGGUGCCCCAACUUGUGAUGGAAACCAAACUCAAUUGGUGCUCAAAUUGGGAGAGGGUAUUUUAGUAUCUAAUGAGAAUGAAGGACAGAAAAACUACGACAAUUUCAGGAAGAAAAUUUGGUACAAAUACAUAUGGCUUGUAAUGGGGAACUUUCAAAUAAUGGUGAUCAUCAAUCUUAUCAUUUAUUGCAAGCAGCGGAUCGUCAAGAAUCUGGAGAGAGACAGAAAGCAAGAAAGGAAUCAGGAAAACAUUAACAAGGCCCUCAGUGCAAAAGAAAACAAACAUUAUUAAACCCUAUAAUCUAUUAUAUCAGUAAUCUCAGGAUUUGCUUUUCGAAGGUUGUUGACUUUGUAUAAUAGUUUUGAGUUUAUUUUUUGACGUG